UGUCACAGCUGUUCAUGUACAACAAGUGAAACGCCAAAGCAUAACCGGAAAAAAUUGAAAAACUGAAAGUGAAAGUGCACCAAACAACAAAAAUAUACAUCGAACUGUCAACAAAAAUAUCAAUAUUGAGAACAGUUCAAAGCAUAGACGCUAAUUGUUGAAAACAAUUACAAUCAGGCAGCUAAGCUAAGGAUAUUAUGUAGCAUAUGUUUGAUCUGCGACUCUUGUGGCAAUAGAGCAAAUCCCAUUUUUCAAAUCUAGUCAAUUUUGCGGUCCAUCAAUAUGCCUAGCUCAAGACGUGCCAUUUUGGGACACAUCAUGUCCGGUCUGUGCUCGAAAAUGAAUCGGACCAAGCCAGUGCCAGCGGAUGUGAUGGAGACACCACUGAAACGAUGUCUGACCACCUUCGAUAUAGCUCUGUUGGGCAUUGGACAUAUGGUUGGUGCUGGGAUAUAUGUGCUAACUGGCACUGUGGCCAAGGAGAUGGCUGGUCCCGGCAUCAUUCUAUCGUUUGUGCUCGCCGGAUUCGUUUCGAUGCUGGCUGCCCUCUGCUAUGCGGAAUUUGGCACUCGGGUGCCCAAGGCCGGAUCCGCUUAUGUUUACACGUAUAUAUCGAUCGGUGAGUUUUGGGCCUUUGUCAUUGGCUGGAAUAUACUGCUGGAGCAUAUGUUGGGCGCUGCUUCGGUGGCACGCGCUUGGAGUGGCUAUGUGGACUCAAUGUUGGGUGGCUGGAUUGCGAAUACAACCCUCACGCUAAUGGGUGGCAUUCAUGAACCGGGUCUGGCUCAAUAUCCGGAUGUGUUAGCCUUUCUCGUCUGCAUUGUGUAUGCGGCGGCAUUGGGUAGCGGCGUCAAGGCAACAGCUGUAUUCAAUAGCAUCCUCACCCUGGUCAACAUCGGUGUGAUGCUUGUGGUCAUCAGUGUGGGCUUUUGGUUUGCGGACAGCAACAACUGGUCCGAGGCACAGGGUGGCUUCCUGCCAUAUGGUUUUGGCGGGGUUAUUGCUGGAGCUGCAACUUGUUUCUAUGCCUUCGUUGGCUUCGAUUCGAUAGCCACGUCCGGUGAGGAGGCCAAGAAUCCAUCGGUCUCCAUACCGAUUGCGACGAUGAUAUCGCUAUGCGUUGUCACCUGUGGCUAUAUAUUGGUAAGCGCCGCACUGACCCUAAUGAUACCCAUUAGUGAUAUCAAUCCGGCGGCAUCAUUGCCCGAGGCAUUUGGACAGUUGAAUUUACCGUGGGCCAAGUAUAUCAUCUCGAUUGGAGCGUUGUGUGGCAUGACGACCACGUUGCUCGGCUCCCUCUAUGCCCUGCCGCGUUGCAUGUAUGCAAUGGCCUCGGAUGGAUUGCUCUUCAACUGCUUUGGUCGGAUAAAUUCGAGUACUCAGGUGCCGCUGUUGAAUCUGGUUGUCUCGGGGCUGUUGAGCGCUGCUCUCGCAUUGGUCUUUGAUCUGGCCAAGCUGGUGGAGUUCAUGUCGAUUGGUACUCUGCUGGCCUACACCAUUGUCUCUGCCAGUGUUAUAAUACUGCGCUAUCGUCCCCUGAGCCAUGUAGGCAGUCCCAAUCCUGUUUAUGCGCCCGAUACGCCCGAUGAUGAGAACGACGAGGAUGCGGAAUCCCAAUCGAGCAUUGAGACGGCAUCGCCGACAAGUGAUCUCAUUGAGGGUGCUCUCGCUGGACGAUUGAAGCCACAGUUCCGUUGGUUGGAACCACUCCUAGGUCGCUUUGCGCCCGGCUCUGUGGUCUCUGUGGCGGUGCUGCUAUUCAUCAUCCUCAGCUUUGCCAUCUGCCUGGAGCUGAAGGUGUCGUGGACGGAACUGUAUACGGGCACCUGGUGGGCUCUGCUCGUCUACGGAUUCAUCAUCUUUGCGGCCAGCACCUGUGUGGCAAUUAUUUCGGUGCACAAUCAGAAUACGCGUGGAUUGAACUUCAAGGUUCCACUGGUGCCAUUUGUGCCCGCCUUGGGCAUCUUCAGCAACAUAAUGCUCAUGGUGCAUUUGGAUGCGUUGACAUGGGUGCGUUUCUUUGUUUGGGUUACGAUCGGCAUGGUUGUCUACUUCCUGUAUGGCAUCCGGCAUAGCAAGGAGGGGGAGGCCUGUUCCUCGUACUCCAUACUGAUGACCUCAUCGGAGGCAGGUAAACUGAAUUGGGGUUCGUUCAAGGGUUCGAGGAACACUGCAAAGCAUACGGUUCUUGAGCGUUUCAUGGGUCGCAGCAAACUGGAUGAUAAGAAACCAAUUGUCGAGGAAGAGGAUUACGAGAAUGCAGAUAGUCCAAACUAAAAACAAAACAAAACCACUUACCUAUAUAGUAUCUGGGGUACUUAGCACAAAGCACAACGGUCUGUGAAGAAACAUCCUUGAUUUAUUAAAUUGUUAUCCAAUAUACAUACAAACACAAAUCCAUCGAUCGCAAAUCUGAUUGAACAUUAUUAAUUGCUCGUUAAAUGGAUAAUGUCCGAAGAACACAAAUAAAAGUUGUCGAUGUACUUAUAUACAUAUAUAUAUACAUAUGUUUAAUCUCAACCCAUGUCAAUAUGUUCUAUACUUCUAAAUGUCCAUACGAAAAUCUAUAAUUAUUUUAAAUGCAAAAUAUAGAUAAAUAUACAUAUAUACAUAUAUGGAUAGCCCUGCCUGUAACAAUUGUUAAUAAAAAAAAGUACCUCUAAAUCCUGUUAUGUACUACCAGCAAACUGUCAAUGUGUCUACCUAAAAUUAAAUAAAUAUAAUACAUACUCUCUUAUAUUUAUUAGUGUACAAGCCUAUUACUGUAUACACGAGAUAUAUGAACAGUCAUUUAAAAAAUAUUAAAGAUGUAUUUGAAUUGUUUGAUAUGCGUAUGUAUAAAUAUUUAUAUAUAUAC